AUGAGCGCGCAAGAAUCAAGAGCGCCUCGCGUUAAGAACCGGGCGCCCGCGGCGAUCCAAAUCACCGCAGAGCAGCUGCUACGAGAAGCUCAAGAGCGUCAAGAGACCGCAUUUCGCGCACCUAAACAGAGGGUAGAAGACUAUGAGGAGCUGCAUGAGUACCAAGGGAGGAAGAGGAAAGAGUUCGAGGACCGGAUACGGAGGAAUCGGAGUAGUAUGAAAGAAUGGGUACAAUACGCGACAUGGGAAGCAAGUCAGAAUGAGUUCGCCCGGUCAAGAUCGGUAUUCGAACGUGCUCUCGAUGUCGAGCCUACAGACAUCAACCUUUGGCUACGAUACACCGAAAUAGAGCUGAAAGCGCGCAAUGUCCAACACGCUCGAAAUCUGUUCGACCGAGCUGUUACUCUCCUUCCGCGAAUCGAUCAGCUAUGGUACAAGUACGUGUACCUGGAAGAGUUACUGCAAAACAUUCCUGGGGCACGGCAAGUAUUCGAGCGAUGGAUGAAGUGGGAGCCAGACGACAAGGCCUGGCAGGCGUACAUCAAGUUUGAGGAACGAUACGAGGAGCUCGACCGGGGAAGCGCGAUCUACGAGCGAUGGAUUGCUGUGCGUCCAGAGCCACGAGUGUGGGUCAAAUGGGGCAAGUUUGAGGAAGACAGAGGGAAAAUCGACAAAGCGCGCGAGGUAUUCCAGACCGCGCUGGAGUUCUUUGGAGACGACGAGGCGCAAGUCGAGAAGGCCCAGGCUGUGUUUGCCGCGUUUGCGAGAAUGGAGACGCGACAGAAGGAGUAUGAGCGCGCAAGGGUUAUCUACACGUUCGCCCUUUCCCGCUUGCCGAGAUCGAAGUCUCAGAGUCUGUACACUGCAUACACUCGGUUCGAGAAGCAGCACGGUGAUCGUGCGGGUGUGGAAUCCACUGUACUCGGCAAGCGACGAAUACAAUACGAAGACGAGGUUGCAGCCGAUUCAAAAAACUACGACACUUGGUUCGACUACGCGCGCCUGGAGGAGGAUGCAUACAGGGCAGAAGUCGAGGAAGACCCGAGUUACUCGCCGGAAAAGGUGAGGGACAUGUACGAGAGGGCGGUUGCUCAGGUGCCACCGGGCGGGGAGAAGCGACACUGGAGGAGAUAUAUCUUCUUGUGGUUGGGCUAUGCGCUAUUUGAGGAGAUAGAAACGAAGGACGUUGUGCGAGCACGGCAAAUAUACAAAACGGCGUUACAAUUGGUACCACACAAGCAAUUUACGUUCGCGAAGCUAUGGAUCCAGUAUGCUCGGUUUGAGAUCCGCCAGCUCGACCUGACGACGGCACGGAAGACGCUUGGGGCGGCCAUUGGUAUGUGCCCGAAGGAGGCAUUAUUCAAGGGUUACAUACAACUGGAACUGGAGUUGAGGGAGUUUGACCGAGUACGGACGCUGUAUGAGAAGUAUCUAGAAUUCGAUCCCUCAAACUGCGCCGCUUGGAUCAAGUUCGCAGAACUAGAGAGCACAUUGGGCGACUACGACCGCACGAGGUCAAUCUUCGAGCUGGCCGCCUCCCAGCCGGCACUUAACAUGCCCGAAGUUCUAUGGAAAGCGUACAUCGAUUUCGAGUUCGAAGAGGGAGAGCGGGAUCGUACACGGGCGCUGUAUGAGCGUCUGCUGGAGAAGACGGCGCAUGUGAAGGUGUGGGUGGCGUACGCUCUCUUCGAGGCGGCCACGAUGGAGAAUGUGGAAAGUGAGGAGGGACAUGCGGACCCCGAGAGGGCGAGGGCUGUCUUUGAGCGAGGAUACAAGGCCUUGAAAGACAAGGGGCUCAAGGAAGAGCGCGUCGUCCUCCUCGAAGCCUGGAAGUCUUUCGAAGCAGGUCAUGGAACUGAAGAGCAGCAAGAGAAAGUGCAGAACAUGUUCCCACAAGUCACUAAGCGGUGGCGGAAGGUGGACGAGUCUGGGACACAAGAAGAAUAUUGGGACAUGGUGUUCGCCGAUGACGAGAGAGAGGCUCAUCCUGCUUCCUUCAAGUUCCUGCAGAUGGCACAUGCAUGGGCGAAGCAAAAGCAAGCUGCGCCACUGCCGGUUCAGGAGGACUCCUCCGAAGACGAAGAUGAAGACGAAGAACGUGGCCAGGACCAGGAAGAGGACGAGGACCGGGAGGACGAACGUGUAGCUCAUUCCGCCUCCACAGCCCGCCGAUUAUCCCCAGAAGGUGAUGAAAGUGAUGAUGGGGAUGACUGAACUGACUCAGG